CGCGCUGCGCGCUGUGCUGGCUGAAGAUUCUGGGCGGGGCUCCAGGAGCCCGCGGGACGGUGCCGCCCUCCAACUGCUCCCCUGGCUUCUCCGGACGGUUAACCUCGAAUGAGGAACGAGCGGGGAGGGAAAAGGAGGGCUGCGGCGGCGCGGGCACAGCCCGCCGGGCCCGGGGCGGGGGGCGGCGAGGUCACGUAACGGCCACGCUGGCGUCUGGACGUGGAGGGGGCGCCCUAUCCGCAGCCCGAGCCCUCCUAAGCACCGCGGCUCCGAAACAGUUACCGGCUAGUAAACAACAGCUGCGCGCGCACCCGCAUCAGCUGGCGCUGGAGCCCGCACCUGCGACCUCGUCUUGCUCAGCCCUGCCGCCCCUUCCUGCCCAGUCAAGGCCACUUUGCGUGGCCGUCUCGUCGGGGUAGGACCCAAGAAAGACCGGGCUGACCUGCGCUGGGGUGGAGAAAGCGUCUGCGGCCAAGGGGUGGCGCGUCUUGUCAUGCAGCAGAGACCCAAGGAGCUGACUGUGGGCUCAGCGGACUAGCAACGAUCUGCCACGACCCCGAACUACUGUCCGAGGUGUCUUGAUUAGUUUGCCUCCUACAGAUCCCAAGGACCUGUCUUCCGAAGAAGAGCGGGCGUGCCACCCCCGCAACCUCUUGGAGGCAGGAAUCCGCUCUGCCCUGCAUCUUGCUCUCUCACCCUUCUCUUCUCAUUCUUCUCCAUACACUGUGUGGGUUAUUUUCCCCGUUAUGCAUGCGCACCUCUUCCACCAGACCCAAGUGGAUUAUCGACUUAAAAAACAUCGGGUGGCUCUUCACACACCUCCUCCCAGCCAGACCUGUGGGGUAUUCACCUGAUACACAACAGGUGGCCGGGUGCACACCUUUUCUCAAUCUGAUCCACGCUGUAUUCUCCUGAUUAGGGUGGGCCUGCACGCACUUUGCUCAGCUAGGACUGUGGAACACUCACCAGAUAAAAGACUAACUAGCUCUAGAGAAACCCAGGGUUGAGGGGUAUAGAAGGCCUCACCUGCAGCUGUGAGACCAUGGCACUGAGCCCUCAGCUCUGAACCAGAGGAGAUAGGUAGGAAGCUCUUCAUUCUGAAGGAGCAAAGUUACACAAGAUUGACAUUGUUUUUUAUGUUUUUGUUUCUCAAAAUAUUUUCAGCUGUUGGUAGUGCAGUUUCUAAGCUCGAAUUCUGCGUGGGAUUCUUAUUCGGGGCUUUUUGUGGGAUGUGAAUCAAGGUAAUUGUUUUUUUUUUUUUUAAGUUUUCUAUUUUUUGCAAUCAAAAGUAGCUAGUGUGGGAGGAAGAUUUUUGUGAGGUUUUUCCUUAUUCUUUGUUAAAAAGGAAAAGAAAAAUGCAUCCUCCAGAAACCACCACCAAAAUGGCUUCAGUUCGGUUCAUGGUGACACCAACAAAGAUUGAUGACAUUCCAGGUUUGUCAGAUACCAGCCCGGAUCUCAGCUCUCGAUCUAGUUCUCGAGUAAGAUUUAGCUCUCGGGAGAGUGUGCCUGAAACAAGCCGUAGUGAGCCCAUGAGUGAGAUGUCUGGGGCCACCACUUCACUGGCAACUGUUGCCCUGGAUCCUGCCAGUGAUCGGACUUCUAACCCCCAGGAUGUUUCGGAGGAUGAUGGGCAUAAGAAAGCUCGAAAUGCUUACCUCAAUAAUUCCAAUUUUGAAGAAGGAGAUGAAUAUUUUGAUAAAAACUUGGCACUCUUUGAGGAAGAAAUGGACACCAGACCGAAAGUAUCUUCUCUCCUUAACCGCAUGGCCAAUUACACUAAUCUAACACAAGGAGCAAAGGAACAUGAAGAAGCAGAAAACAUCACUGAGGGGAAAAAGAAGCCCACCAAGACUCCCCAAAUGGGUACUUUCAUGGGUGUCUACCUCCCAUGUCUACAAAACAUUUUUGGAGUAAUUCUCUUUCUACGCCUUACAUGGGUGGUGGGCACAGCUGGAGUUCUUCAGGCAUUUGCAAUUGUCCUUAUCUGCUGCUGCUGUACAAUGUUGACUGCUAUCUCCAUGAGUGCCAUUGCCACUAAUGGAGUAGUGCCAGCUGGGGGCUCAUACUUUAUGAUUUCCCGGGCACUGGGUCCCGAGUUUGGCGGGGCUGUCGGCCUCUGCUUUUAUCUUGGUACCACGUUUGCAGCAGCCAUGUACAUCCUUGGUGCCAUUGAAAUUUUUCUGGUAUAUAUCGUCCCCCGGGCUGCCAUCUUUCGCAGUGAUGAUGCACUCAAGGAAUCAGCAGCCAUGCUAAAUAACAUGCGUGUCUAUGGCACAGCCUUUUUGGUCCUCAUGGUAUUGGUGGUUUUCAUCGGCGUACGCUAUGUGAACAAGUUUGCCUCACUUUUCCUGGCCUGUGUCAUUGUGUCCAUUUUGGCCAUCUACGCUGGAGCCAUCAAGUCUUCUUUUGCCCCACCACACUUCCCGGUUUGCAUGCUGGGUAAUCGUACCCUUUCAUCAAGACACAUUGAUGUUUGCUCUAAGACCAAGGAAAUUAACAAUAUGACGGUACCAUCAAAGUUGUGGGGAUUCUUCUGUAACUCGAGUCAAUUUUUCAAUGCUACCUGUGAUGAAUACUUUGUUCACAAUAAUGUCACUUCAAUCCAGGGCAUUCCUGGGUUGGCUAGUGGUAUAAUUACAGAGAAUCUUUGGAGUAAUUAUCUACCCAAGGGAGAGAUCAUUGAAAAACCCUCAGCCAAAUCAUUUGAUGUCUUGGGAAGUUUAAAUCAUGAGUAUGUUCUUGUUGAUAUUACCACCUCCUUCACACUCCUAGUGGGGAUCUUCUUUCCCUCUGUCACAGGUAUCAUGGCUGGUUCUAAUAGAUCUGGAGAUUUGAAAGAUGCUCAGAAGUCUAUUCCCAUUGGAACUAUCCUUGCCAUCCUGACUACGUCCUUUGUCUAUUUAAGCAACGUUAUCCUUUUUGGUGCGUGUAUUGAAGGUGCUGUUCUCAGAGACAAGUUUGGGGAUGCCGUAAAAGGUAAUUUGGUGGUGGGCACAUUAUCUUGGCCAUCCCCGUGGGUGAUUGUUAUUGGCUCCUUCUUUUCAACAUGUGGGGCUGGACUUCAGAGCCUCACAGGUGCCCCAAGGCUGCUUCAGGCUAUUGCCAAGGAUAACAUCAUACCAUUUCUGAGGGUUUUUGGUCACAGCAAAGCCAAUGGGGAACCUACCUGGGCUUUACUUCUAACUGCUGCUAUUGCAGAGCUGGGAAUCCUUAUUGCCUCCCUGGAUCUUGUGGCCCCAAUUCUUUCCAUGUUUUUUCUCAUGUGUUACCUCUUUGUGAACUUGGCAUGUGCCUUGCAAACAUUACUUCGAACACCCAACUGGAGGCCCCGAUUCCGCUACUACCACUGGGCCCUCUCUUUCAUCGGAAUGAGUAUCUGUCUAGCUCUGAUGUUCAUUUCUUCCUGGUAUUAUGCCAUUGUAGCUAUGGUAAUAGCUGGUAUGAUCUACAAGUACAUUGAGUACCAAGGAGCUGAGAAGGAAUGGGGCGAUGGUAUCCGUGGGCUGUCCCUCAGUGCAGCCCGGUUUGCUUUGCUUCGGCUGGAGGAAGGACCUCCACACACUAAAAACUGGAGGCCUCAGUUGCUUGUAUUACUGAAACUAGAUGAAGACUUACAUGUCAAGCAUCCUCGCCUCCUCACCUUUGCCUCACAGCUCAAAGCAGGAAAGGGUCUCACUAUUGUGGGUUCUGUCAUUGUGGGGAACUUCCUGGAGAACUAUGGUGAAGCUUUAGCUGCUGAGCAGACCAUUAAGCACCUAAUGGAGGCAGAGAAGGUAAAAGGAUUCUGCCAGCUGGUGGUGGCUGCCAAGCUGAGAGAAGGCAUUUCCCACCUUAUCCAAUCAUGUGGCCUUGGGGGCAUGAAGCACAACACAGUGGUGAUGGGCUGGCCCAAUGGUUGGCGGCAAAGUGAAGAUGCUCGUGCUUGGAAGACUUUUAUUGGAACAGUUCGAGUGACAACUGCCGCCCAUCUUGCCCUGUUGGUAGCUAAAAACAUCUCCUUCUUUCCCAGCAAUGUGGAACAGUUUUCUGAGGGCAAUAUUGAUGUGUGGUGGAUUGUGCAUGAUGGGGGGAUGCUCAUGCUUUUACCAUUCCUACUGAAACAGCACAAGGUGUGGCGAAAAUGCAGCAUACGGAUCUUCACAGUAGCUCAACUAGAAGAUAACAGUAUCCAGAUGAAAAAAGACCUGGCCACCUUCCUGUAUCAUCUGCGCAUUGAAGCAGAGGUGGAAGUGGUGGAGAUGCACGACAGUGAUAUAUCAGCUUAUACUUAUGAGCGCACGCUGAUGAUGGAGCAACGGUCCCAGAUGCUCCGGCACAUGAGGCUAUCCAAAACAGAACGGGACAGGGAGGCACAGUUGGUGAAAGACCGGAAUUCAAUGCUACGACUGACCAGCAUUGGCUCUGAUGAGGAUGAAGAGACAGAAACCUAUCAGGAGAAGGUGCACAUGACUUGGACAAAAGACAAGUACAUGGCAUCCCGGGGACAAAAAGCCAAGUCAAUGGAAGGAUUCCAAGACCUACUUAACAUGCGUCCGGACCAGUCCAAUGUAAGACGAAUGCAUACAGCAGUGAAGCUCAAUGAGGUUAUAGUUAACAAGUCCCAUGAAGCAAAGCUGGUUUUGUUGAAUAUGCCAGGGCCACCCCGAAACCCUGAGGGUGAUGAAAACUACAUGGAGUUUCUAGAAGUACUCACCGAGGGACUAGAACGAGUCCUCCUUGUCCGGGGUGGUGGCAGUGAAGUGAUCACCAUUUACUCAUAAUCUGCUCCUGAAUGACUCUGCUUGGUCUCUCAUUUGCUAAAAGGCUUCCAUCCUCCAUGGAAAAGUGAUGGUUCUUUAUUACCACACUCACUCAACUAGAGUCCUGUGUUCUGUACACAUAACACUGAACUUUUGAUGAGCUGAGCAUCCAGUACUUUUUCAAGAAUACUUAUAGAUCUGUUCUUGGCUCCCUUAUAAUGACAGAAGCAGCAGAUACUCCUUCAACAUCAGAAGAAUGAUCAAGUCCCAAAACCAUUCAGUACCAAGAGAAGGAAAGUUAGGAUUAACAAAGCCAAUAAAUGGGAACCUUUUAGCACUGUUGAAGACAGCAACAUGAUAAAAGGAAUGCUAAAAUUUCAACUAAAGACAAAAAGCAAGUACAUAGCCAACAUUAAAGAUGAGUCUCAGAAGUCAUGGUUCAAUGAUAACACCACAGGGGUAACUGCCAGAGACAGCCUCACCUUACUAAAGAAUUUGUGGCUAGGUGUAUGGGGGCCUAUUAGCCUUGUGAAAAUAACCAGUGGCAAGCCAAGAUGUAAACCUUUUAUAGCUAAUUAUUUCUUUAGUGUACCUUCUGUUCUCUAGGACUCUGUUAGGGUACAUAGCUACAAAACACGAAACAUGGCAGCAGCCUCUCCUUCUCCCUCAAAAACAAGAUUGCCCCAGAAUGUCAGGUUUAAGUAUCUACACUGUGUCCGUGUAUAUUUCAGCUGUUUGUUUCUCUUAGCUCAAAACAAAAUCUGUGGUUGUAACACAGGCACUGUUACCACACACACACACACACAAAGGUAAGGAUUGGUCUCUUUCAGGUUCUUUAAAUGGCUAAACUAAGGAAAUUCCAAGGAGUAGCUAUUAAAAUUUACCCAAGUAGUCUCUGGUUAUCUAUG